GCAAACUGAAGCUCAAAGGACAGGACGCAGGAGGCAGAGGCAGGACUGGAACCCAGGACCCCCAGUCCUGUCCUGGGCUUGGGUAGCCUGGUCUGGCCCCAAGCGGGGACCCAGCCCCUCCCAACGGACUUGGGAAGCCACGGCCAGGCUGGGCGGAACCGUGGGUGUCCUGGAUCCCCAAGGUGCCAAUUAAAUACUCGUGGCCGUCUGGGGACAGAGCUGUGGACAGCGGCAUGGCCGAGCUGGGGCCAGAGCCAGGACGCGCCUGGCGAGUGCUUGCCCUGUGCGGAGCCGCCGUGUUCCUGGCGGCGGCUGCGGCCGGGGCAGCCCUGCUGGCCUGGAAUCUGGCCGCCGCGGCCUCCCGGGGGUCUCGGUGUCCAGAGCGGGAGCCAGGCGCUAAUGCCACAGCGCCUCCAGGGGAUCCGGCGCCGGAGGUAGAGGAGCUAUUGCGCCAGCUGGCAGAGGCUGCCAAACGCGAAGAGGCUCUGGUUAGGCAGCUGGACCAGACCGAGAGUGUCCGUCGGGAGCUGGAGGAGGCGCUAAGGGCCUGUGAGGGCCGCCAGAGCCGGCUUCAGACCCAACUAAUGACACUGAAGACUGAGAUGGACGAAGCCAAGGCACAGGGGACCCAGAUGGGGGCCGAGAACGGGGCGCUGACAGAGGCCCUGGCGCGAUGGGAGGCGGCAGCCACCGAGUCCGCUAGGCUGCUGGAAGAGGCGCAGCAGCAAGCACGCACAGCCGAGGCCGAGGGCGGAGCAUGCGCAGCCCGGGAGGCGGUGCUGCGCGAGCGCGUUAAAGCCCUGGAAGCCGAGAUGGACCCUCAGCGCAGACUGCCGCACCCCCGGCCCCGCUCCGGGUCCCGACCCCGGCCCAACCCCCGCUCUCGUUCUCGCCCCAGACCCUCGGGGGGCUGCCGACGGCCGGCGAGGCGCACAUGAGGGCAGAGGGAGACUUUAUUCAAAUAUUUCCAAAGGAAACUGGUCACAGCUGUGGCCUCUGCGGCGGGAACCAGCGGGCCACAGCUGUGGUGGGAGAGGCAGUCUCUGUGUGUUUCUCUGUAUAUCUUUUUUGUAAAGUUUGCAUUUUAAAAAGCAUG